CCUUUAUGCGUAAGACUAAAAUUACAAUAAAUUGUUUGUACUGAAAAUCAUAUCAGUUAUCAUUUUCAAACCACAUAAUUUUCCUUUAUUUAUGGUAGCAGAGCGUGGUUCCGUGGAAAUAACAGAAGACUGAAGGAAGUGAUUAUACAACUAUUAAAAUUAGGUUUAAUAAUUUGGAGGUUAUAAUUACAACGAGCUUCUCGUCAAACUUCCUCUUCAAAAUGGGUUCAAAUUUGUUUAAUUUGGAAAAACUAGUCGGAAGAGAAAAUUUUAUCACUUGGAAAUUCAGUAUGAAAACAUAUUUACAGCAUGAGGAUUUGUGGUGUUGUAUCGAACCAUCUUAUAACAAACCAAUUGAAGCAAGUAAGGAUGUAAAGGCCAAAGCCAAGUUGAUUUUACUUCUGGACCCUCAAAAUUAUGUUCAUGUUCAAGAUUGUUCAACUGCAAAAAAGGUAUGGGAAUGUUUACAACAAGCUUUUGAUGAUAAAGGACUCACGCGAAGAGUUGGCUUACUAAAAGACUUGAUAAAUACUACAUUGGAAUCUAGUAAUAGUGUUGAAGAAUAUGUGAGCAAGAUCAUGAAUACUGCUCACAAGCUGCGUAACAUUGAUUUUGACGUAAAGGAUGAAUGGCUUGGUACUUUGAUGCUGGCAGGCUUACCAGAUGAAUACAAGCCCAUGAUUAUGGGGCUUGAGAGCUCAGGCAUUAAAAUAAGUGCUGAUUCAGUUAAGUCUAAGCUAAUACAAGAAAUUAGUACAUCAAAGUCAACAGUCUUUUAUACAAAUUAUAAGAAAUCCAGAAGUAAUAGUUGGAAGUGUGGACAUUCAAAUAAAUCAAAAAGAUAAAAUACAAGUUAAAAAUGUACUGUUUGUUCCUGGUUUAGCUGCCAAUCUCCUUUCAGUCAGCACAAUCGUGAGGAAUGGGCAUAAUGUUAUAUUUUAUGACAAGGGAUGUGACAUUCAGAAUGCUAAAGGAGAGGUUAUCUGUAAUGCAGUAUUAAAAAAUAACCUAUACAUUAUGAACAUAAGUGGAGAAAAGGUUCAUCUGACUUCAAGUGCUGUGAAUUCCAAUGACACUUAUCUGUGGCAUCUGCAAAUGGGACACUUGAAUUUUUCAGACAUUAAGAAACUGUCAAAUUGUGUUGAAGGUGUGUCAUCGACUUCAGACAAAGGUAAAGUGAUCACAUGUAUUCAUUGUUGCAAGGGAAAACAUGCUUGGUUACCAUUUAAAAAUGUAGGUUCAAGAGUAGUAAGACCACUUGAACUAAUACAUUCUGAUUUAUGUGGCCCUCUGGAAAAUGUUUAAUAUGGAGACAUCUACUCCGUACACUCCAGAGCACAAUGGCUUGGCAGAACGAAUGAACAGAACACUAGUUGAGCGAGCAAGGUGUAUGUUGUUUUAUGCCAACCUGGAGAAGAAAAAACGUCAAAAAUGGGAUAAAAAAAUCUGAGAAAAUGUUGAUGUUGCAGACAUGGAGGGCCGGUCAGCCAGUAAUAGCACUGCUCCUACCAGUACUGGGAUGUCAUCUGAUAUUCAAAAUCAGGAAAUACACACUCAGGAGUCAUCAAGUAAGAAAUUGAAUGAACCUAUAAGUAGGAGCGAAGACUCAAUGAAGUGUUUAAACGAAAUAAGUAACAAUGAGAAGUUCAAUUACUCACUACGUCACCGCAUUUCCUUUGUUCGGAAGGAUAAAAUUGAAGCUAAUCUACAGUUGCUUAUUAAUACUUACAAUAUCAGCAAGACCUGAGCUAACUAAUUUACGACAAUGUAUAGGACCAAUUGAAAAAGGUCCUUGUAGUAGAAAUAUAUAUAAAUGGGCAUUCGAUCACGACAGACAGGAAUGUGUACAAUUUGUUUGGGGAGGUUGCGGAGGCAACGAUCGAAAUAGAUUCGAUAAUGAAAAUAACUGUACGGAUAUCUGUAAAAGUUCAAAAACCGAUACAUCUUCGCCGAGGAUUAAUAUAGUAGAAGACAGAGGACCAGUAUUGACUUUCCAAGAGACCGGAGACGAAACUACUUUUAUGUUUGCCCAAUCGAAUACGUUUAUCCAAAUCGACGGCGAUAUCAUUCAAACUUUCCAAUUACGAUUAUGUCGACAGAUAUCUUUCAAAUUUCGAACUAGAUUACCGCACGGACUUUUAGUCUACCACAACGUUAAAGUACCAAAAGGAAUAUCUUUACAACCAUACGCUCUGUACAUUAUAGUUCAACAGGGUCAAUUGAAAGUCGUACACGUUUAUGGAAAACAUUCGACGGCCCUUACGGUUGGUAGCGGUUUGAAUAGAGAUGAAUGGCAUUCGGUUACGGUUAGAAUUGAUGUACACGGUGCUAGAUUAAUGGCAACCGUUGAUGAUUUAAAAGACGAAACGACGUUAAAAGGUUUAGAUAAAGAAAAUAACUAUGGAGUUUCAGCGAACGUUACUUCAGUAAUUUUAAUAGGAGGAUUAAGUUCUGAAGAACGAUUACACGGAGUGAAAUACAUCAUCGAAUCGUUCGUAGGUUGUAUAAAAAACGUCAUCCUAAGUACGGGAAAAUCGGCGUCUGAUCUACUACCGAUAUCGCCUCUAAUAGCCACCAAACACGAAAAUGUACAAGAAGGGUGCGUAGAUAAAUGUAUAACGGUGGAAAAUCUUUGUUUUCAAGGUUCGAAAUGCAUCAAUCAUUACAACACUUUUACUUGCGAUUGUUUCGGUACCAAAUACGAAGGAGAAUACUGUGAUAUUUAUACCGCUACUAUUCUAACGCUGAAAGGAUCUUCAUACGUUUCCUAUAGAGUGUACGAUUGGAAGGACAGAGUCCAUUCUUCGGUAACUCGAUUUUCGAUGUUAUUUAAAACGCGAUUUGACGAUUCCGCUCUAUUAUUCGCAGCUGGAGGCGUUCAAAAUUUGAAUCAUUAUAUAGCGGCAUCGAUAUUCAACAAGACUGUUUUCGUUGAAGUGAAUUUCGGCGAAUAUCCCCUUUUAACCGUAUUAGGACAAGUACCUGAAUUCAAAUUGUAUCAAUGGAAUAAUUUAACAAUAUUUCACGAAUAUAAUAGGAUACAUUUAAUAUUAAACGAAGAGAAAGUAACUUUGAACGUAACCGGUAUACCUUUAUUGUAUAUCGAUCCGGAAAUUUAUAUAGGGGGCGGUCCGGAAUUGCAAAAGAAACCCGGUUUGAAAUCGACAAACAAUUUCGUCGGCUCAUUGAAAUACGUAUUUUACAACGAUAUAUCUAUAAUUUACGAGUUGAAUAAAAAUAAUCCGAAAGUUCAUUAUAUCGGUAUAUUGAGACCGGAAUUUUACGAGAUCGACGUCAAAGAUAUACCGAUAACUUUUCCAUUUUCUUCGUCUCAUAUUUGGUGGCACAACAACCACACCGAUAGCCUAUCGUUGUCGUUUAGCUACAAAGCCAGCACGAAUUUGAGCGUCGUAGCAUCGAGCGAAGCUCAAACCGGCGUCUAUUGGGAAGUUAGAAUAGUAAACGACGAAGUUCGAUUCGAAGUUUCGGAUAAUACGAAAAACGUAACUCAUCUAAUCAGCGUUAAGAAAACUCCCGGUGUUUGGCAUUGGCUCAAUCUAACUUAUAAAGGAGAAGUGGACGAAAUAACUUUAACCGUAGAUAAUAGAACGAAACAAGAAAAAAUCGGCGAUAUCAAAUUUGCUAUAGGAGAUAAAAUAAAAGUAGCUGCCGGUUCGAGAACGAACGCCGGUCUCGUAGGGUGUAUGAUGGAUAUAAUGGUGAACGGCGCUCUUCUAGAACCUAGAUCCGUUUUACAGAGCGAACGAGUCGUCGGGGAAGUUUCUUUAGACGAUUGUAGAUUCAUCGACGCUUGCAAACGACCAAAUACUUGCAAACACGGUGGAAAAUGUUCCGUUAAAGAAGAUAAGUUAAUUUGUGAUUGUACAAAUACCGGUUACAUGGGAAAGAAUUGCCAUUUCGCUCAAUAUAGAAAAACUUGUGAAGAACUCGCCUUAUUAGGUUAUACGAAACCGGACGUAUAUUUAAUAGAUAUUGACGGUAACGGUAAAUUUCCUCCGGCACACGUACGCUGCGAAUUUCAAAGUCACGAAGAUUCAACAAAAACAAUCGUAGAACACAAUUUACCCAGUCAAAUAGACGUGAGAUCUCCAUCUGAAAAAGAUUUCAUGUUCACUAUAAAAUAUAGAGAAUUCGACGCCGAAAUGAUACAAGAAUUAGUAUCGCAUUCGUUGAAUUGUAGUCAAUACAUCAGAUACGAUUGCCAAAAAGCACCUUUAGAAUUACAUUCGGCGACGUGGUUUAUAAGUUCCGCAAACGAAACCGUCGAUUUUAUCGGAGAAGUUAAAAGGGGUACAUGCCCAUGUUCUAUAGGAAAGAAAUGCGAAAACAAAUCCCAAUGGUGUAAUUGUGAAGAUAUCGAUGAUGAAAAAUGGUAUACCGAUGACGGUUAUUACACCAACGCGAAUAAUGUUGGUAUUACCGAAAUGGUUUUUCUUCAACAAUCCGAUUUACCUGAUGAUGCACUAGGAAGAAUAACAUUAGGACCAUUAGAAUGUGUCGAAACUAAUACCCAAAGAUACGUUGUUACUUUUACUACGAGUCAGUCUUAUAUCGAAGUACCCGGUUGGAUAAAAGGAGAUUUGGCGUUUUCGUUUAGAACUACCGGUAAAAAAGCCAUUCUUCUCUACCAACCACCGAUAAGACCAAAUUAUCCAAGUUUUAUGGUAGCUUUAACUAGCGAUUUUCAACUAACUUUUAAUUUUACAUUAAACACCGGCGUUUCUAAGGAACUCGUCAUAAUUUCCGGUAGAAAAUUAAACGGUGGUGAAUGGCACAAAGUUUGGAUAGAUUAUAACAAAUAUCAUGUUAGAUUUAUGAUAAACGAAGAUUUUCAAAUGGUAAAUUUAAAACCGGAAGAAGAAUUCGGUCCUUUUGAAGGUUCUAUGUUCAUAGGAGGCGCUAUUAGUGAUUUGCUCGAUCAAAAAUCAUCUGUUCAUCAAGGAUUGAUAGGAUGCUUCAGAGGAUUAGUUGUGAACGAAGAAAUUUUAGAUAUAUACAGUUAUAUGAGCGUCCAUCUUAGUGAAAUUAUCAAAGAUUGUAAACCUUCUUGCGAUCCGAAUCCUUGUCAAAACGGUGCGCAUUGUAAAGAACUUUGGAGUAAUUUUCAAUGUAUAUGUCCAAAUCCGUGGGCUUACAGUGGGGAGUUUUGCGAAACCAAUAUCAACACAAACGCCAUAACAUUUACUUUACCUAGCUCAUAUUUACGGAGGAAUUAUUUGACGAACGAUACCAGCGAUGAAAAAUCCGUAUUGAGCGGUAUGUUUAAAGAAAACAUUUUGGUAAAUCUACGAACCUACGAAAAUCGAGCUCUCAUAUUUUACGCUAACGAUCAAUUAAACAAUUUCGCCCAUUUAUAUAUCGACAACGAUACCCAAGUCAUAUUUCUUUUUAAUUACGGUAACAAAAUUUUCAAUAUAACAGUUGAUUACGCCAAUUUAAAUACUAGUAAAUCCGUACAAAUAGCUAUAGUCAGACAGAAAAAUUUUACUACUAUGCACGUUAACGACAAAAACAAAACUAUACCGUACGGAGUUAAACUUUUAGAAGACUAUUCUCACAAACCCUGGAUAAACCCUAAUAUGGAGGUAUUAGCUCCUCAACGUCCACCCGCUCCGCCGACUGAAUAUUUUCAAUUAAAUUUAGGGGGUUACGAUCCCGAAACUUUAUUAAAAGUUUCUGAUUAUCCACCGAAACUCGAAGGAUACGUGGGUUGUUUAAGAGGUCUUCAAAUUGGUAACCGUUCGAUCGAUCUUUCAUCUAAAGUAAGCGAGACAGACGUAGGUAAGUAUAGUAAAUUGAUUUUUUAUAAAACGAGUCGCAUUGUAUAUUUUUAUUUAACGUGGUUUUUAGGGGUGAUCGCACAUUGCAACAUGAAAUGCGACGAAGUACCUUGUAAACACGGUGGAAUAUGUAUUGAAGAUUUUAGAAAUCGUCGACAUACUUGCGAUUGCGAACACACUAGUUAUUACGGGGAAUUUUGUUCUGAAGAAAUCGGUGCUGAAUUCAACGGAGAAUCUAUUAUUUGGAGAGAAUACAUUUUAAACGGAUCCGUUGAUUACGUUAAAUUCCAAUUGGCGUUUUCCAGCGUCGAUAUUAGUCAAAAAAGUACCGUCUUAUUAUUAUUACAAACUGAAAACAGUCGUAGCUAUUAUUUGGUUGUCGGUUUAAGUACCGAAGGUUAUUUGACGGUACAAGAAGAUAGAGAAGGCGCCGUCUUUUCGGCUACCGUAAAUACGAAAAAUUUCAUAAACGGCGCCAGACAUUCGAUUUAUUACAAAAGAAAUUUUAACGAUUCCGAAUUAUACAUCGACAGAGAAUUAACGGCUAUGAAACAAAUUCCAGCACAAACUUUCACCAAUAUUCCCGAAAAAGGUGGAAACGAAGUCCAAAUCGGUGGUCACGAUACCAACGAUCCGAGAUUCGCUACUUAUAAAAGAUAUAGCGGCUGCCUUUCAAAUAUUUUCAUCAAAGUAAACGAACACGUUAUGAAACCUUUAGAAGAAUAUAUGUUGUUCACUAAAACUGGUACCGAAAAAGUGAAUGUAUCGAACCAACAUGGUGUCAGAAGCGCGCAGUGUAGUUCGGAUUUCGACAAAAUACACGAAAAAAUUCCGGUUUCUAUUAAUCUCAAUAUAAGCCAGGGAACCGAUAAAACUUGGGUUCAAGACGCUCCUCAAAGAGUAAUUUACACAUCGAUGUAUUCGACUACAGCCGAAGAAGAAGACAGCACCGGCCAAUUGGUCGUUAUAAUUUUAUCUUCUUUUUUUUUAUUAGUAAUAGUUUUUUUUAUAUAUCACCUGAUUAUAAUCGAUAAAAAAUACAGAAGAAGAAAAGAAUACGAAACCGACGCCAAUAUUUUAUUAUCGAAACAACAAGCCGCUUUCCUACAGGAAAAUAACAAAACCGCGGAGGAUUCGUCCAAAAAAUUCAACGGAAUAAUAACAAGCGAUUCAGUUAACGUUUCAAAAGAUGAAGUCAGGGAAGAAUUAAUUGUGAAACCUAUCAAAAGGGUAGAUAGUAAAAGAGAAAAACAACGAGUUUCAUUUAGAGGUAACAAUACCGAAAUAAAAAACGACAAUUCUGAAGUAAUUUGUUCAGAAUUACUCACUCCAAUGCCGGAAGUAGUAGAAGAAGAAGAAGAAGAAGAAAACGACGAACCUAUUAAUAUCAAAAAUAUAUAACUUACUAUAUUAUAACGCAAAUUUAAAAAAUAAAAUAAAUAAACGUCAAAACUUAAAAAUAA